CAAUUAUUAAAUAAUAAUAAAUGGCAAACGAAACGUUUCGAAUAACUCCAACAGGAACUUGUAGAAUACCAUUUAGUUUUAUGGGAAGUUAACAUUAAGAAAUAAAUUUAGAGUAUAUUUGUAAUAUAAUUAUAAAGAGUUGUAAAAGAGAAAUAAACAAGAGAAUAAACAUAACGAGAUUUUAUUGGAUCUGCAUUAUCUCCUAAUGCUUCAACAAUAAAAAGAAGUUAUAAUAAUGAAACAGAUUUAGAAUUAUAAAAUAAUCCAUUUUAUUAGACACCAAUUGAUUCUGAUUGUUCUAAUUGGAUUUAGAAGACACCAUAAUAAGUAAAAAGAUAGAAUCCUAAAACUUAUACAAAAAUAGGCUAAAGAUAUUAAUAAAGAUAAUAAGAUUCAUCAAAUGAAUAAAGCACAUCUGUUAAAUAAAUGAAUCCUGAAGAGUUUUAAGAAGUUCAUGUUAGAGUAUUUGAAGAGAAACAUUGUAGAUUUUGUAAUGAAUAAGAUUGGUCUGCAGAAUUAAUUAGACCAUGUUAAUGCAAAGGAAUACAAUAAUAUGCUCAUUAAAAAUGUGUGUAAAGUGAGAUAGAAUCUAAUUACAUGGAUUUUAAUAGAAGAUAAUUCAUCAAAAGAUUAUAAUGUGAUUUUUGUAGAUUCUAAUAUGUAAUUAAGACUUAUAAAGAAUACAGUUUGUUUAAAUCAUUAAAAGAUCCCCUUAAAUUUAAUAAACUAUUUUGGUUGCUUUCAUCAGGUGUAAUAUUGGCAAGCAUUAUAAUAGCAACAAUAGUCCUUAUUGCAUUAAAUGCAGAUUAAAUGAAAUAAUAAAAUGAAUCUUUAAUUUUAACGAUCAUAGGAUGUUUCAUAUGUAUGUUGUUGGUUAUAAUUUUAAUAUUUAAUAUUUUUGAAUUGAUUGUGAUAGUAAUUAUAUUCUAUAAUUAUUAGUUUGAAUGGAAAGUCAUGGAUAAAGAUCAUUAGAAUAUAGAAGAUCAUGGAUUAAGAAUGAGUUUAGAUGAACUUAAUUUAAUGUUGUAAUUAGCAAGAUAAAAGUUGGAUAAACAAAUAUGUUAGAUCUAUCCAUAAUAACAAAGUUAAAUUCCAUAUGGAUGAUACAAUCAAUCUAUAAUUUGAGUUUAAAAUAGAUUAUAUUGAAAUAUUAGUGAUUACACAUAUAUUUAUUAAUAAAAG